AACAAGCGGCGAGAGGAGGAAGGAGCGAGAGACGCGGAGCCGUAGACGCCGUUGCGGCCUCCUCCUCUUCCCCUCUCCCGUCCCCCCUCUCCUCCUCCUCCUCCCCGCGCGGAGAAACGGAGAAUUUCUCCGAUGUGAGUUGGGCCACUGGGCUCUGCCGUGGGGGCCAAGACCAAGCAGCCUUCUGGGAAACUACCCGUGGCCUCGACCGAGCUGGGAGCUCCAGGAGCAGCUUUGGUCACGGUGGGGGAGGAGGCCGAUUCCUCUCCCCUCCGCUCUGCUGCUCUGUUCGCCUGCCUUGCCAUCCCCUUCUGGGCCGCUCACGAGGAGGCGGUGUGCGGUGCGGCUGCCACUGAGGGUUCCCAGCUGUUGGAGUUGGCCUGCCAGCGGGAAGGGGCGAGCAAGGGCGAGUGAGGCCUCUGAAGUGUAACGCAGGUCACCGGAGAAGAGGAGGAGCACGGCGGCCAGGCCCCGCGGGAGAGCGAGCGGAAGGAUGGCCGCAGAAACGCUGAACUUUGGGCCGGAGUGGCUUCGUGCACUCUCCAGCGGCGGGAGCGUUGCUUCCCCCCCACCCUCCCCUGCCAUGCCAAAGUACAAACUAGCCGAAUACCGAUACGGGCGGGAAGAGAUGUUAGCACUUUACGUCAAAGACAACAAGGUCCCAGAGGAGAUCCAAGACAAAGAGUUCUCUGCCAUUCUCCAGGAUGACCCUCUGCAGCCCCUGGCAUUAGUACCAUUGACAGAAGAGGAGCAGAGGAACUUCUCCAUGUCCGUGAACAGCGUUGCGGUGCUGCGGCUGAUGGGGAAAGGCGGCGGGGCUGCCCCGGCCGGAGUCUCCCGCGGGAGAGGCAGCACGCGAAGCCGAGGCCGUGGCCGUGGCGAGGGUGGCUUUUACCAAAGAAGCAUUGAAGAGGUAGAAGGCGCGUUUGGCCGUGGCGGGGCCCGCGAGAUCCACCGCAGCCAGAGUUGGGACGACCGAGGAGAGCGGCGGUUUGAGAAGCCCAUCCGGCGGGAAGGAGCCCGGCUCCCUUUUGAGGAAGGCGCUCCCCCCGGCCGCAAAGACUUCGCCCGCUCCGACAGCGACAACUGGCGCACUCUCCGGGAGGAGCACGAGGAGGAGGAGGAGAGCAGCGCCGGCGUGCCGGGACCCGGAGGCAGCUGGCGGCAGGGCGGGGGGCCCAGGCGCGAGAGUGAGCGCUGGCGGUCGGCCAGCCCAGAUGGAGGGCCUCGAUCCGCAGGGUGGCGAGAGCAUGGUGGGGAGGGGCGUCGGCGGAAGUUCGAUUUUGACUUCCGGGAGCGUGAGGACGAGCCGCGGAGCGGGCGCCGACACCGGCACAACAGCGACAGCUUUGAGGACGAUAAGGACGGCCUGCCCGAGUGGUGCCUGGAAGACGAGGAGGAGGAGAUGGGGACGUUCGACUCCUCCGGGGCCUUCAUGUCCCUCAAGAAGAGUCCCAAAGAGCCCCUUCCUGAGGAGCAGGACCUGAGCUUUCAGCCCCUGCAAGAGGAGGAGGAGGAGGAGGAGGAGGAGGAGUGCCCGCCGGAGGCCAAGGAGGGCCAUCGGAAGGAGAGUGCAGAGGCGCCUGUCAGCCCCGUAGCGACGGAAGGGGUGGAGAGAGAGCGGAAGGAAGCCCAGCCCGGGCCGGACGAGAAGCCCCCUGCUCCUCCCGGUGCCCCACGGCGGUCAGGGCCCCCUUUCCCCACGGCCGCCGCGAGUGAAUGUGAGAGCGUCAUCUUGGGGAGCUCCUGCGGCGUGGAGGCGCCCGUGGCGGCGGCCAGCGGCAGCCCGGCUGUGGAAGCGAUGGAUGGGGACCCAGGCCUCCUCAGUCGCUCCACGCAGCUCAGCCCUGUCGCCAUCGCCGCCCUUCCCGUGCCUCCCGUGCCGUCCUCGUCUGCCGCGGCCACCGCCACUACCGAAUUCACAGUUGGAGACAAUGAGGAUGAGGAUGGGAUGAAGCACCUGCAGCAGGAAGCGGAAAAGAUGGUGGCCUCCCUGCAGGACAGCGCCCUGGAGGAGGAGUGCUUCACGCGGGCCAUCGCGGACCAGCGCCACACUGCCGCCGCCCUGCCGCUCUCCCACGAGGCGGCCAUGAAGUGGUUCUACAAGGAUCCCCAGGGGGAGAUCCAAGGCCCCUUCGCGACCCAAGAGAUGGCCGAGUGGUUCCAGGCGGGCUACUUCACGAUGUCGCUGCUGGUGAAGCGGGGCUGCGACGAGGGCUUCCAGCCGCUGGGAGAAGUCAUCAAGAUGUGGGGAAGAGUGCCUUUCGCUCCCGGUCCGUCGCCCCCGCCGCUGCUGAGCCGAAGUUCUCUGGGCGUUUACAAAAAGGUUGCUUACACCACCAAGGUCGCUGUGGGAAACAUGGACCAGGAGCGCCUGAAGAAGCAGCAGGAGCUGGCCGCCGCCGCCCUGUACCAGCAGCUCCAGCACCAACAGCUGCUUCAGCUGGUCAACAGCAGGCAGCAGUACGCCCAGUGCGCGCUCCAGCAGAAGGGGGCGGCGGGGGACGUGACGCAGCAGCAGCUGGCCACCUUCCUGCAGCAGCUGCAGGCGCUCAAGCCACGAGCCGGAGAGCAAGGCAUGAUUCCGUGCGUGAACCGAUCGUUAUCUGUGCCAGACACCGGGUCCCUGUGGGACGGACAUACCUCAGCCUCGCCGCAAGCAGGCGGUGAAGCCAGCUUAUGGGAUAUUCCAAUUAAUUCUUCAACUCAGGGUCCAAAUUUAGAACAACUUCAGCUGCAACAUAAACUGCAAGAGCGGAGAGGUGCCGAACUCAGGGCUAAGCGGGAGGAGGACGAGCGGAAGCGGCGCCAGGAGGAGCAGAAGCGCCGCGAGGAGGAGGACCUGUUCCGGCGCAAGCAGCUGCCCUCGUCGUCGUCCUGGGGCCAGCAGUCCGGCAGCAGCUCCUCCACCCAGAACAGCUUCAGCAUCGCCGACAUCCAGAAGCUGGGAGACGCCCGUGCGUGCCGGGAGCUCCGGGAAGAGUGCCGCCAGCAGGAGCUGCUCUUGAAGCUUCUGCAGCAGCAGCAGCAACAGCAGCAGCAGCAGCAGAACUCGACCCCCUUGUGGGGCGGGCCGGCGAAGCAGAGCCUCUCCAUGAAGGCCCUCCUGGAGCUGCAGCAGGAGAGCGAGCGGCACCUGCAGAAGCAGCAGCGGGCGCAGCAGCGAGCCCACGGUGGCCACAGCCUGAGCAGCCUCCCGUCGCAGUGGGGGGUGGACUCCCCCGCCCUCUGGGGGGCCCACGACAAGAACAGCUCCAUCAGCCUCUGGGAAGAGAGCCUCAAGAGCGCCGGCCCCCUCGCCCGGAGCCUGGGCCUGAAGAACAGCCGCAGCAGCCCCUCCCUGGGGGACACGUACGGCGCGUCCUGUCGCCAGAGCAGGAAGAAGACAGACGAGGAGGAGAAGCUGCUGAAGCUGCUGCAGGGCGCCCACAAGCCCCCGCAGGACGGCUUCACCCAGUGGUGCGAACAGAUGCUGCACGCCCUCAACACCUCCAGCAACCUCGACGUGCCGACUGCGGUGGCCUUCCUGAAGGAGGUGGAGUCCCCCUACGAGGUCCACGACUGCAUCCGCUCCUACCUGGGAGACACGCUGGAAGCCAAAGAGUUUGCGAAGCAGUUCCUGGAGCGCCGUGCCAAGCAGAGGGCCAGCCAGCAGCGCCAGCAGCAGCAGGAAGCCUCCUGGCUGAGCUCUGGCAGCCUCUUUCAGUCCAACCACAACCCCAAGCCGCCCUCCUUCGAGAACAGCCAGGCCGUGAGGAUCAAGCGGCGCCCGAUGAUGCUGCACGCGGAUCCCAGCAUCCUGGGCUACGCCCUCCACGGCUCCGCCAGCGAGCUGGAGACGGUGGAGGACUACUGACGGCGCCCGCACAGCAAUAGGAACCCCUCUGUCUCUCCGCGCGUCUCCUGGGUGCCGCCGCUGCCUUGAUUUCCCCGGCUUCAGCUCCGGCUGAACGUGCACUGCAGGAGAGGCGGGCGGGCGGGCAGGCCUCCCCCGGCCCAGCCCGGCCCCGGCCCCUCCGGGGGCAGGCGGCGCGGCGGGCCGUGGCGGCACGGAUCGGAUCGGUCGGACCAGGCCAGGAGGACGUUUAGCACUUCUUUCCUUACAAAAGCACCUUAACGAACAAAACUUUUUCUGCCAUGGCACUUUAUCAAAACUUUUUUUUUUACAGUGACUUGUUACAGAUUCAAAAAAAGGAAAAAAAACACACUUUUUGAGAUUCUAGAAGACUUUUUUUAAAAAAAAAUGUUUUAAAAAACCUACAAAAAGUUUAUCUUUAAAAGAAAACACUUAUUUUUCACAUGGGGAUAAGUUUAAAAAUGUGAAUAGCAAAAGUUCACAGAGGCUUGAUAUAAAAAGAUUUAUAAGGCAAAAAAAACUUGAAGAAAUGCACUUAGAAAAAGGAACUGUGUUUUUUUAUUAUUUGGAUAAAUACUAUGUGUAAAUACUGUUCAGACUCUUGCUCCGCACAGUAUAUUUUCUCUUACGAAGAGGCCAUUUUAUAAGACUUUUUUUGUUGUUUUUUUAAAGAUAUUGCACAAAAAUGCCCCACCCUCUCCUCGUUUCCUCCCCACCCCCCGGAUGUACAACUCUACUUGGUUUUGGUUUUUUUUUUUAUAAAAAGAGAAAAAGAAAAGCUUGCAAAAAGACGAAUGGACACUAAUGAUGAAGCGGGUUGCUUGAGCCAGACGCUGCUUUGCUCAACCAAGCCGGUCCUGGAUUCCCCCCUCUCCGCCCCCCAGCAGAGGGGUCUGGAUCCUCCAUCUUCGGGCUGCUUCCGGCCGUCUCGCAGCGCUCCGCCCUCCUCCGGGGUCGCCCACACCUUCCGCCGAGCUCCCGGUCGGUCGGUCGUCUUUUUCCCCCUGUGGAUCCUUAAAACGUUUCCGUGCUACAGCUCCUCAGCCAGAUCUGUUUUCUGCAGCGACUCUUUUACUUGUGUGUGUGUGUUGCACUUUUUUUAUAUGAGAAGAAAAGCUCCGAA